AUGGCGCAAUCAACAAUCGUCUCCAAUGCUACCAACCUCAAGAAAUACCUCGAUCUGCCCCAGAAGGGCAAGGUCAUGGCCGAAUAUGUCUGGAUAGACGGUUCCAACGGCAUUCGCUCAAAGUCAAAGGUGAGCGCCCCCGACCUCUUUUUGUUUGGUCACCCAGCUUUCUUUUGCCCACUUUCCCUGUCUUCGCCGGUCAUUACCUGGACGGUGCGAGCGGCGCAAACGACGGGCAUUUUUUGCAUCCACGGCUGCGGCUGCAUAGGUCUGCCGGGUUGGCUACAGCAUGGCUUUUGCGCACAUUCGGCCUUGUGUGUGUGUGUGUGUGUGUGUGGUCGUAAUCGCCGCCAGUCGGUCGAUGUGGUGUGA